CCAAGUCUAAUCCACAAAUCCUUAUCAGGGUCACUGAGACUCUAUGGCACAGUUAGUCAGACUCAAUGCUUGUAGGUGUCUGGCAACAUGUUGAUGUUAUUUUAAUUAGCAUCUGAUAAUUGAUGCUAUACAUCUUCUGCUGCGGUGAGAGGCCAGUUUCCAGAUCCUAAAAGAAAACUACAGGAGGAGCAAAGAAAAAUGUGCUUUACGUCACAUUAACGAGAGGAAAAGCCCUCAUAGGUUAAACUGUGUCGAUGAUGGGUGGAUGGAUGAUGGAAGGACAAUAGACUGACUUCUGGAUGUGAGUGAAGUCUCCACCUUAUUUCCAUCAGAUCUGCUGCCAUGACCACCCCAGCAACCCAUCACCACCUCCCUGUGCCGCCUCACCCUGUGAAGCAAAUCACCUCUAACAGCAAAGAGGACGAGAUACCUGCGCUUCAACCAAACCCUCACUGUCUGCUCAAUGUGAACAACAGUAACAACAGUGAGGAAAAGAAGGAGAAUGAGGAAAAGGAUAAAGAAGAAGAAGAAGAAGAAGAGCAGGAGGAAGACAAAGAGGAGGAAAAGGAAAAGGAAAAAGAUGAAGAAAAGGAAAAAGAAGAAGAAGAAGAAAAAGAAAAGGAAAAAGAAAAAGAAGAGGAAAAAGAAAAAGAAAAAGAAAAGGAAAAGGAAAAGGAAAAGGAAAAGGACAAAGACAAGGACAAGGACAAAGACAAACCCAAAGAACUGUUUGUCAUUAAUCCUGCUGGGAAUCUCUAUUACCAUUGGCUGUUCAUCAUCACACUGCCAGUCAUGUACAACUGGACCACGAUCAUAGCCAGGGCUUGCUUUGAGGAGCUGCAGGACAACUACUUCAUUUACUGGAUUGUUUUGGACUACACCUCCGACCUGGUCUACCUGGCUGAUAUGUUCUUCAGGAUCAGAACAGGUUACCUGGAACAAGGUCUGAUGGUGAAAGAUGAGAAGCUGCUGCGGGAUCGCUACAUGAGCAGCUUCCAGUUUCGCCUCGAUGUUGUCUCCGUGCUGCCCACAGACGUCUUCUAUCUCUUCCUGGGCUUCAGCUACCCGGAGAUCCGCCUCAACAAGCUGCUGAGAAUCGGGCGCAUGUUGGAGUUCUUCACGAGGACAGAGACCAAAACCAAUUACCCCAACAUCUUCCGCAUCGGAAACUUGAUCAUGUACAUCCUCAUUAUCAUCCACUGGAACGCCUGCUUCUACUUCUCCUUCUCCAAGUCUAUUGGUUUCGGGGCCGACGACUGGGUUUACCCGGCUCUGGAUGAUCCAGAGCGGCCUGCGUUUGGACUGCCCAUGAGGAAGUAUGCGUUCUGCCUCUACUGGUCCACACUGACCCUGACCACCAUCGGAGAAAUGCCACCACCAGCUCUGGACUCAGAGUUUUUCUUCCAUGUGGCCGACUUCUUAGUUGGAGUCUUGAUUUUUGCCACAAUUGUAGGAAACAUCGCCACCAUGAUCUCCAACAUGAACGCUGCCCAAGCCCAGUUUCAGUCCCGAAUCGACAACAUCAAGCAAUAUAUGCGGGUUCGAAAAGUCAGCAAGGAGCUUGAGCUGCGAGUCAUCAAGUGGUUUGACUACCUGUGGAACAAUGGUAAGGCGCAGGAUGAAAAUGAGGUGCUGCGGUACCUUCCAGACAAACUAAAGGCUGAAAUUGCCAUCCAGGUCCACAUGGCGACCCUAAAAAAAGUUCGUAUUUUUGCCGACUGCGAGGCUGGCCUGCUGAUCGAGCUGGUGCUCAAGCUGCGGCCUCAAGUCUUCAGCCCCGGAGACUAUAUCUGCAAGAAGGGCGACAUCGGGCGCGAGAUGUAUAUCAUCAAAGACGGGAAACUGGCAGUCGUUGCAGACGAUGGCGUCACGCAGUUUGUUGUCUUGGGAAGUGGCAGCUAUUUCGGUGAGAUCAGCAUCCUCAAUAUCAAAGGCAGCAAAGCAGGGAACAGGCGGACAGCCAACAUCCGCAGCAUCGGAUACUCAGACCUCUUCUGCCUGUCCAAGGACGACCUGAUGGAGUCUCUGACCGAGUAUCCGGACGCUAAAGGCAUGCUGGAAGACAAAGGCCGGCAGAUCCUGAUGAAAGACGGUCUGAUCGAGCUGGACCCCGCUAACAUUUUGCCUGAGGUGCAAGAGCUGGAGGAGAAGGUCAACAGAUUGUAUAACACUAUGGAUUUGAUGCAGACCAAGCUGAAAAAGAUUCUGGGAAAUUACAUGAGCGCCGACAAAGCUCUGAGAUACCGCAUCACAGACCUGGAGCGCCUGACGGGAGAGGAGGUGGAGGAUGAGGAUGACGAGGAAGAGGAGGUAAGAAAAGACGAGAAGGCGGUGGAAGGGGAGACGAAGGAAGAGGAAAAAGCAGAAGAGGGGGAGAAAAAGGAAGACGAACAAAAAGGUGAAGAGGAAAAAACAGGGGAAGCUAAAGAUGAAGAUGGAAAGGGUGACGAGGCAAAAGAAGAGUGAUAAAGCGUCUACAGCAGAGAAAUAAUAACCGACAAUUCUCAAAAAAAUAUAUCAUGUAGCCUCAAAUGAUUCUUUCUUACUGAACUUGCUAUUUAAGACUGAUUAUUAAAACAAGCUCUGGAGAUGGACUGAAAUACUUGCUGGGACUUAAAGGGCUUUUCCAUUGAAUGCAUAUGUAUAUUGUGAAAUUAAAGUAUUGCCAAUGACAAUAACUGACAUUGAGUUCAAAUAAA